AAUCAAAUUUUUGUAGUUAAAAUGAUUACUUCAAUUUGUAAGGUUGCAUGCUUGUAAAUAUACAGUUUGUGUAAUAAGUAAUAAGUAUAUAUUUGUAAGUGAAAAAGUAGUUUAAGGUUAUAGCACGUGUCUUGGUUUAUUUGCGACUUGUUAACAUUAAUUUUUAUUUAAUUAUUAAAUAAUAAAAGUAUAAUAAUGUCUAUCUCACCGAGAAUAGUAAAACCGAAGUCAGUGAAAGCUAAAAAAGCGAUUUUGAAAAAAGAACCGCAAUUAAUUGAAGAUGCAAAAGAAACGAUAUGUAUUAGAGGAAGUACUUCUUCGAAGUAUGUUUAUGAUGCUAUGAAAGAUUUACAUAAAUUAAAAGCACCAAGUUGUAUAUUGAUGCAAAAAAAACAUGAAAUUCUUCCAUUUGAAGAUAUAGUGCCAAUUGAAAAAUUUUGCAAAAAAUAUAAUACGCCUUUAUUUAUGUAUGUUUCCCAUAAUAAAAAACGCCCCCAUAAUCUUAUAAUGGGGAGAACAUUUGAACACACAUUAUUGGACAUGAUAGAGUUUGGAGUUGAAAAUUAUAAAGGUUUGAAUGAAUUUAAAGUUGAUAAAAUAUCUGCUGGACUUAAACCGAUGCUUGUAUUUAAUGGAGACAUGUUUGAGAAUAAUGAUUCGUAUCAGAGAAUUAAAAAUCUUUUUAUUGACAUGUUUCAACGUGAAGUUGUUGAUAAUAUUAGACUUCAAGGAUUAGAGCAUGUACUCAGUUUUACGGCUACAGAUGGCAAAAUUUAUUUACGAAGUUACAAGGUUUCUUUGAAGAAAUCCGGCACGAGAAUUCCCAGAGUUGAAAUGGUGGAAAUCGGGCCUAGUAUGGAUUUAGUUGUUAGAAGAACAAAAUUAGCUUCUGAUGAUUUGUUUAAACAAUCUUGCAAAAAACCUAAAGAGUUUAAAAUAAAAGCUAAGAAAAAUAUUAAUGUGGACAAUCUUGGAACGACAUUUGGAAGAAUUCAUUUGGGAAAACAAAAUAUCAAAAAAAUUCAAACUAAAAAAAUGAAAGGUAUGCAGAAACGAAAAAGUGCCGAAGUACCGGAAGAUAAAAGUAAGAAAGCAAAACUUGAUGGUGACAAUAAUGAAAAUUGA